CCCAGCCCCGGAAGGCAACCCCCCGGAAAUGCCUGAGCGGCGGCGGAAGCGGAAGCGCCGCGGCGGUGGGGGCCGCGGGAAGUGUCUGUAGCGUUUCUCCCUCCCUCUCAACCACAAUAACAGACGGAGGGCCGGCGUAGGUGCUUUGCAGUCAAGUAACCAAGAGGGAAGAUUUGCUCUUUGAUACUGGAGAUAACAUAGCAAUGGGUCCACGAAAGAAAAGUGUUAAAACAUGUCUCAUGAAUAAUGAAAUCCCUGAGGAAACCAUAUCCGAUGAAACAAAGGAUUAUAUGAAUCAACUUUCACAUGAAGUGCUUUGUCAUAUUUUUAGGUACCUCCCUCUGCAGGAUAUCAUGUGUAUGGAAUGUCUUUCCAGGAAGCUAAAAGAAGCAGUGACCCUAUAUCUGAGAGUGGUGAGGGUUGUGGAUCUCUGUGCAGGGCGGUGGUGGGAAUACAUGCCAAGUGGCUUCACAGAUUCCAGUUUCCUCACACUAUUGAAGAAGAUGCCAGACGUCGAACAGCUAUAUGGCCUUCACCCUAGAUACCUUGAGAGGCGAAGGGUACGGGGGCAUGAGGCUUUUAGCAUUCCAGGAGUUCUGGAAGCUUUGCAGGCAUGCCCAAACUUAGUGGGUGUGGAAACUUCUCAUUUGGAGUUGGUAGAAUCUAUAUGGACAUAUAUGCCGCAUGUUCAUAUUUUGGGGAAGUUUCGUAAUCGUAAUGGAGCGUUUCCAAUUCCUCCUGAAAAUAAACUGAAAAUUCCUAUAGGAGCCAAAAUUCAAACUUUACAUUUAGUUGGGGUGAAUGUUCCUGAAAUUCCUUGUAUCCCGAUGCUAAGGCACCUUUAUAUGAAAUGGGUAAGACUCACCAAACCACAGCCGUUCAAAGACUUUCUUUGCAUCAGUUUACGAACUUUCGUCAUGAGGAACUGUGCAGGACCCACAAACUCCUUGAAGUAUGUCCCCUUAGUAACAGGCUUAGCCUCUGCCCGAAACUUGGAACAUUUGGAAAUGGUUCGAGUUCCUUUCCUUGGAGGUCUUAUCCAACACGUAGUUGAAGACAGUUGGAGAUCAGGUGGUUUUAGAAAUUUGCACACUAUUGUAUUGGGAGCUUGCAAAAACGCUCUUGAAGUAGAUCUUGGUUACCUCAUCAUCACUGCUGCUCGUAGGUUACAUGAAGUUCGGAUCCAGCCUUCCCUAACCAAAGAUGGCGUCUUUUCUGCCCUAAAGAUGGCAGAGUUGGAGUUCCCCCAGUUUGAAACACUUCAUCUGGGAUAUGUAGAUGAGUUUUUGCUGCAGAGUAGAAUGGCGAAUGCAGAUCUGGUAAAGUAUGGUUUGGCCGAUGUGGUAGAAAAUCCUGGUAUCAUCACCGAUAUAGGGAUGAAGGCAGUCAAUGAAGUUUUUUCCUGUAUCAAAUACCUGGCAAUUUAUAAUUGCCCCCAUCUACAUAACCCAUACAAUUGGAUCUCAGACCACUCAAGAUGGACUCGAUUGGUUGAUAUCAACUUAGUGCGGUGCCACGCUUUGAAGCUGGACUCCUUUGGCCAGUUUAUUGAAUUGUUGCCCAGCCUGGAGUUUAUUUCGCUAGACCAGAUGUUUCGUGAGCCACCCAAAGGCUGUGCUCGAGUUGGUCUAAGUGCAGGCACAGGAAUCGGGGUUUCCUCGGCCCUUGUUAGCAACCAGAACUCCAACAAUGACAAUGACAAUAAUGCCCAGAAUAAUGCCAACAUCCACGAUAACAAUCACCAUCAUCCAGAUGACUCCGAUGAGGAGAACGACUUCCGGCCAGACCUGCAGCCAGGAGAGCAGCAGUUUGCAGCCGACGCAUUGAAUGAGAUGGAAGACAUGGUGCCAGAAGACGGAGAGGUGGUGGCUGCGAGCGGACGGGAGACGGCAGCUCGCAGUCAGGCGGUCAUCCCUGUGGAUGUUGACGAGGAGCAAGCAGGACCCAGUGGUCUUCAGCGUGUCGUAAAACCAACCCCAAUUACUGUUCAUGAUUCAGAGAGUGAUGAUGAGGAAGACAGUCUAGAACUCCAAGAAGUCUGGAUUCCUAAGAAUGGUGCUCGGCGUUACUCUGAGCGUGAAGAAAAAUCUGGAGAGUCCGUGCAGUCCAGGGAAUUGUCAGUAAGUGGAAAAGGCAAGACUCCACUUCGAAAGAGGUACAGCUCCCAUCAGAUGGGCCAGUCGAAGCAGUGUCCCCUCGAGGAAAGCAGCUGUGAGAAAGGCUGUCAGGUCACCAGUGAGCAGAUCAAAGCCGAUAUGAAAGCAGCUAGGGAUAUUCCUGAAAAGAAAAAAAACAAGGAUGUGUAUCCCAGCUGCAGCAGCGCCACCGCCAGCACAGCGGGAGCCUCCAGCUCACACAGCACUGCUUCUCAAAGCCCCGACUUUGUAAGGACGGUGAACAGCGGCGGCUCUUCCGAGCCUAGCCCCUCAGAAGUGGAUGUGUCCAGGCAGUGUGUCUGCUCCCCCGGUGGGUCAGAGGACUCUGAGGCCAUGGAGGAGGGAGAUGCAGAGAGUUCUGUCUGCCCCAGAUGCUGCUGUCACAGGCCCCAGGAACCCCAAAGGAGAACUAGCAGGUGUUCUGAUGAGGAACGUCCUUCAACCAGCCGAGCCUGUGUUGUGAAUGGCCCGGAUGGUACGAGAUCCGCCUUUUCCUUUAGGACUCUGCCACAAGGGGGGUCUUCAGGCCCAGCACAUGAUGAGAGGACUAAUGGGAGUGGCUCUGGGGCUACAGGUGAGGACAGGAGGGGGAGCUCCCAGCCUGAGAGCUGUGACGUGCAGUCUAAUGAAGACUACCCUCGGAGGCCCCUAACAAGGGCGAGGAGCAGACUCUCCCAUGUACCGCUGGUAUCUGAGUCAGAGGUUGCCAAAACAAAGCCACGGCAUGCCAUGAAGCGGAAACGGACAGCAGAUAAGUCCACCAGUACCAGCGACCCUGUGAUUGAGGAUGACCAUGUGCAGGUCCUCGUAUUAAAAUCCAAAAAUCUUGUUGGAGUCACUAUGACCAACUGUGGAAUCACAGAUCUAGUGCUAAAAGACUGUCCCAAGAUGAUGUUCAUCCACGCUACCAGGUGCAGGGUACUGAAACAUUUAAAAGUAGAAAAUGCACCAAUCGUAAAUCGAUUUGACUACGCACAGUGCAAGAAACUGAAUAUGGAUCAAGUACUAGACCAGAUCCUACGGAUGCCUCCUGAGAGAAACCGCAUCAUAUACCUCCGCCCGAUGCAGCAGGUGGACACACUAACAUUGGAACAGAAGCUCUUUAGUGGUCCCUACCCCUAUCACAUCUGUAUUAUCCACGAGUUCAGUAACCCUCCCAAUGUCCGGAACAAAGUGCGUAUCCGCAGCUGGAUGGAUACCAUAGCAAACAUCAAUCAAGAGCUCAUUAAGUACGAAUUCUUCCCUGAAGCCACGCGAAGUGAGGAUGAUUUAAAGAAAUACCCCAAGUACCCGUGGGGGAGAGAAAUCUAUACUUUAGAAGGGGUUGUGGAUGGAGCUCCGUAUUCCAUGAUCUCUGACUUCCCUUGGUUGAGAUCAUUGCGGGCAGCAGAACCCAACAGCUUCGCCAGAUAUGACUUUGAAGACGAUGAAGAAAGCACCAUCUAUGCUCCUCGAAGGAAAGGGCAGCUGUCUGCAGACAUCUGUAUGGAAACAAUAGGAGAGGAAAUCUCGGAGAUGCGUCAAAUGAAGAAGGGUGUGUUUCAGCGAGUAGUGGCAAUUUUUAUCCACUAUUGUGACGUCAAUGGGGAGCCGGUUGAAGAUGACUACAUUUGACUGGUCCCUCCUACUCUCCAGGUAUUCUGGCGGAAAGCCGCUGGGGUCGCUCAGCUGCCGGCGAGUGCCACAGGGAUUCAGGGCAUGCAGUUUGGAAGCCCUGGCACAUUUUGGUAUAUAGGAAAUGUACAAGGAACACUGAAGUUGUAUACAAAGAUUUGUACAUAAAGAAAACAUACAAAGACAGUUCCUGAGUACCAACUUUAUAUCAUAUGUUUAUACAAUUUAAUUUAAGAAUUCAUUUUAAUGAAGGCAGAUAAUUGGAAAGAGUUCAUUUCGUUCAUUUUCGUUCAUUUUUCCUGACUUAGUUCAUAAAGUGUCACUUUUUGGCUGAGCCCCCAAUUUACUAUAUUCUUGAUAAUCAUUGUCAUCCCCUUAAAUCUGUGCCUUUUUCUUCUCGAGCAAAGCUGUUUGAGUAAAUCUGUUGAAGAGUCUUUUUGUGUCUUGUGUGCUUUUUUUGUGUUAUGAUUAAAGCCAACUAAACCCAAUAGUCAGAGGCAACUUUAUGUUUGUGUACAAAAUGGUGUUUUUUUUUUCCCCUUAGUAUUAUAGUUGCCGUAUUUCUUAAAAUGAAAUAAAAAGAUUCAUGAGUUUAAAAAAAAAAAACAAAACUGAGUUUGAGGGGGGAAAUGGAAGUUUCCAAAGCAUUUCUAGUUAUUUAUUUCCACAUUCAAUUGUGUAUAUGCUUUAUCUUGAAUAUAAAAAUAAAAGUUUAUUAAAAACUU